CUUGUCGACCUGGGUUCUACAAAGCCUCUGCCGGCAACGUGAAGUGUGCCAAAUGCCCACCUCACAGCUCUACCUACGAAGAUGCGUCUCUGAACUGCAGGUGUGAAAAGAAUUACUUUCGCUCUGAGAAAGACCCUCCAUCCAUGGCUUGCACCAGACCGCCAUCUGCUCCAAGAAAUGUUAUCUCUAACAUAAAUGAGACAUCUGUUAUCCUGGACUGGGGCUGGCCUCUUGACACUGGAGGUCGGAAAGAUGUCACUUUCAACAUCAUUUGUAAAAAAUGUGGAGGAAACAUCAAGAUGUGUGAGCCGUGUAGUGACAACGUGCGAUUCUUACCCCGUCAGACUGGACUCACCAACACCACGGUGACGGUGGUGGACCUUUUGGCACAUACCAAUUACACGUUUGAGAUUGAUGCAGUCAACGGGGUAUCUGACUUGAGUACGCUCUCCAGGCAAUUUGCUGCUGUCAGCAUCACAACUAAUCAGGCUGGAGUUACUCUGACCGCUCGUGUGGUGGGGUAGCUAAUUGACUUUGAAUAUGCUAGUAAAAGUAGAAGCAGAAACAAACCCAGUGUGUGUUGCUGUCAAAGGACCUGGCAGCAUGACUGUUAUGAUUAACUCCCAGUUCCCAGUUAAUAGUCUCUAACAGCAGACUCACAUGAUUCCUUAGCCUAAAUGUGUUUUAUUAAUAAAACCAGAUUUUAAUAAAACACUCAUUUUAAUAAUCUCC